CAGUGUCCCUCCCUCUUUCUCUCUCCACCUCCUCCUUCUCUCAUUAGGCUUUUCACCGGCAAAACACCGACACACACACACACACUCCCUUUCCUCCUGUAACCGGGCAAUAAACACGGAACGGCUGCAGGAACAGGAUUGACCUCCCCCGGUGCGCACCAUCCAUGGUCCUCCCGUGGAUGUCUGUCUGACAGGAGGGUUGGUGUUACUUUGCUGAAAAGACAGUGUGGCAGGCCCUGAGUCGGAGUUGAAGAGAGCAAGAUAGUAGUCCUCCCAGACAGCAGGGGGCAGCAGCAGGCAUGCAGGACUCCGCCUCGGACAGCAAGAUGGCCAAACAGGAACAGAAACAGAACUCCAAGCAUCUGGAUGAACACACAGAAACAGACGACAUGUCAGAGAAGACGUCCCCAAACAAGAACCUCAAAUCUCCACAGAAAGGCUCCAAACGACUUAAAACCGCCCCGUUCAAAAUGACCCUGCUGGACUCCGCCGAGUUUGAAGGAGAAAUUGAGAAACACUCCAAAGGACAGACCCUGAUGGACAUGGUGUGUGAGCACCUCAACUUGUUGGAGAAGGACUACUUUGGUCUGACCUUUGCCGACACAGACACCCAGAAGAACUGGUUGGACCCCUCCAAGGAGAUCAAGAAGCAGAUGCGCAAUGCUCCAUGGCACUUUGCCUUCUCUGUCAAGUUCUACCCUCCAGACCCCUCCCAGCUAACUGAGGAUAUUACCAGAUACUACCUGUGUCUGCAGCUGAGGGAUGACAUGCUGUCAGGUCGACUGCCAUGCUCGUUCGUUACUCACGCCCUCCUGGGCUCCUACACCGUUCAAGCAGAGCUGGGCGACUACGACCAGGACGACCACGGCUCCGACUACAUCAGCGAUUUCCGCUUCGCCCCAAAUCAGACUCGCGAGCUGGAGGAGAGGGUGAUGGAGCUCCAUCGAAACUACAAGGGGAUGACUCCAGCAGAGGCUGAAAUUAACUUUUUGGAGAAUGCGAAGAAACUUUCCAUGUACGGGGUGGACCUCCAUCACGCUAAGGAUUCUGAAGGGAUUGACAUAAUGCUGGGUGUCUGUGCCAACGGGCUGCUGAUUUACCGUGAUAGGCUGAGGAUCAACCGCUUUGCCUGGCCAAAGAUCCUUAAGAUCUCCUAUAAGAGGAGCAACUUCUACAUCAAGAUACGGCCUGGAGAGUACGAGCAGUUUGAAAGUACAAUUGGUUUCAAGCUUCCUAACCACAGAGCUGCCAAGAGGCUGUGGAAGGUCUGCAUUGAGCAUCACACCUUCUUCAGGCUGGUGUCUCCAGAGCCUCCUCCCAAGGGCUUCUUGGUGAUGGGUUCAAAGUUUCGAUACAGUGGAAGGACACAGGCUCAAACCAGACAGGCCAGCGCUCUUAUCGACCGACCUGCUCCACACUUUGAGCGUUCCACCAGCAAGAGGUACCUGCUGUCCAGGAGCUUGGACGGAGCAGAGUUCUCACGGCCGAUUUCAGCCACGUGCGAGAACCACGACGGCCUAACCCACCGCAGCGUCAGUGAACAGCGCCGCCUCCACAGCCCGUCCGUAGACGAGCAGGAGACCGAGCUGGAGCCGAGUUUAGAGCAGGACGAGGAAGCCAAGGACCAAGAGCGGAGCGAGGAGACGGAGACAGAAUACGAAGGCGAUGUCACUCCAAGCAGAAAGAAAGAAAUCAUGUUCCUGGAUAAGUCGAAGGACGUCUUGCUGAAGCACCAGGCCAGCAUCAACGAGCUGAAGAGAACCCUGAAGGAGCCGAACAGCAAGCGGGCGUACCACGAGAAACUGUCAUCCACCUCCCCAACUGGCACACCAGAGAAGAAGGCUUUGGUGGGCCGAGCAGUGGGAAAGGACCCUGUUAACAGCUCUGUUGAGGGUUUCUUCCAGAAGACUGUGGUGACUUCACCUGAGGGCUCUGAGGAGUGGGUAUUGAUUGAAAAACAAGAAACUUAUCAACAGGACCAUGACUGGAAGGCAGAAGAAAAGAACAAAUCUCUCGCAUCUGAUUCCUCAUGGGAGAAAAAAGAGCUGGAGAAAGAGAUAGACGUUACCAGGAUGAUACAUAAAGAGGUAACGGGGUAUGGCAGAAAAGAAAUGAAAAGCCAUAUUGAUGAAUUUCCAUCAACCAAAUCAUCCAGAGAGACAGACGAAGGCUCUGAGCCACAGCCGACUAACAAAAGUCGUUUUGUGAUUCAAUUAUCUGAGAAUGCAGACUUGUUUCAAGACAAAUCUCAAAGUAAACCAUCUCAAGCCUCAGUCCCUGAAGCAGAAAGUGAUGCGGCCCUGGGCUCGUGUCAGAUAAAGGAACGCAAAGCUUCUAAACCAAGGAAAAAGAGGAGACCCAAGAGCUUAAACCUGGGAAUGCCUGCCGAGCUCAUCUACAGGAAAGAAAGCAGCGAUUCUACAGAAGACGAAAACGAGGACUCGGACAGUCCAGAAGAAAGCUCUAAAGCAGGAAAUGAAUCAUCCCCGGUGGAGAUGAUGAAAGAUGAUCAGGCAUCAGGAAAGGAUCAGUCUGUCAAGGUCUAUAAAGACCACCAACGAGAGGAUGUAUCAAAAGGAGAAAGCAGGGAGGUCUCCACUGAAGUAACAGAGCAGGUAGAGAGAAAAGUGAUCCAGUUUGGGCCAGAUGAUAUUGAUGUAGGCUCGGUAAACGGACCCGGAAAGAUAGAACAUGAUAGUUCGUUAGCAGGUGUGAAAGGGGAGUGCGUGAUGAAGGUGCGAGGGAAGGGCCUUAUUGACAACAAAGAGCUAGCUGAGGUAAAACUGCGACAGGUCCGGACGCAUGAGAGGAAGAUCAGUAGUUCUGGGGGAGAGGAUAUUGAGGGUUUCAUGGGAGACAGAGGUCAGAGGACAUCUCUUCUGAGAUUGUCAGGCAGCAGCUACCAGUCGGAAAUCUCCAGGAUUGUUCCGCUCAAGCCCGAGCGGUCAAAGAGCAUAGCGUGUAAGGAUGAAAGGGACAGGACAGGACAGGACGAGCCCACACGGGUCAUCAGAAGAGAAUAUCGCUGGUCGGUCGGCUCUCCCGAGGGAUCCUCAGACCUCGCCUGGACUGACCCUGCCGCCUUCCAUCCGGCAUUCGCCACAGAUCUGGAGGGUAUCGCUAAAACAGAACAUCCUGAUGAUAGCUAUCAGUCUGGUAGAGGACCUACAGAGAGUCAGUCGUUUGGCUCUAAGAUUUCAGCGCUUCCCAAAAUGGCUCCCCCAGCCCCGCCAGUGAAAACACAGAAGGCCAGGGAGUCUGGACUAAUACUGCGGAACAGCCGAAAUGCCGGCAGGGAGCCGAGCCUGGACGCAGCCAAGAAGAGACACUCGGAGCCUGUCUCCACUCCUGCCAUUUAUGAAGAGCCGUUUGCUGAUUUCAAGAAGGAGCUCGGGGACAGGAGGCCUCAGCCGAGCAUAGCCUCGGAGGAGGAGCAGGAGCGGGACACGCUGGCCUGCAUGAGGGAAAGCCACCUGGGCAUCGAGCGCAAGUGCUCCAGCAUGACAGUCAGCUCCACGUCCAGCCUGGAGGCUGAGGUCGACUUCACUGUCAUCAUGGACCUCCACUCCGGCGUGGAGGACUUCUCUAAGGGCAUGUCGGAGCUGGGAGAGAGGGAUCGACAGCCCGAGGUGGGCCGGGAGGACUUUGAGGAGACCUCCAGGUUCUACUCGGCCCGUCUAAUGGGCUCCCGGGACAAGUCUCCCAUAGAGGAGAAGCUUCCUGAGGAGGGCAGACAUCAUGAGCCUCCUGUGGCAAAGAAAGAAGCCAGCGCUGUGAGCGUGGCCCAUAUGCUGAAGAGGGGUGACACCAAGACGGAGACGCAUACGAAUGGGUCGGAGAUCCACCCCAACAUCAUGAAUGUCUCACCGCAGAACUAUGGAGUUGUCAGCCCACUGGAGGCUCCUGCUGCCCUCAAAGAAAAUGGCUCCCCUGUUAAAGCUGGAACCCAGGGGAGGGAGUCUGUUGUGUCCCCGCUGACCAUCACUGCUGAGAGCGUCACCUCAGCAACCACAACUCAAGUUACCAAGACUGUGAAAGGAGGCUACUCAGAGACCAGAAUCGAGAAAAGGAUUAUAAUCACAGGAGAUGAUGAUGUGGACCAACAUCAGGCCCUCGCCAUGGCAAUCCAAGAGGCCAAGCAGCAGCACCCCGACAUGCAGGUGACGAAAGCAGUGGUUAUCAGGGAAACCGAGUCUCCCACUGAGGAGCUGCUGCAGCAGCAGGCAGAGUCCUGAUCCUGAGACCGGG